AUGAGUGAUGGAAAACUAUUUACUAAGACUAAGUCUGUUGAAUUAAGAACUGAAUUAGAACGGGCACUUAAGAAAUCAAAGCCACACGCUAGAAUUAAGAUUGUUUUAAAAAAAGUACUCGCCAAUAUAAUAUUGAAUAAUAAUGAAAUUAUUAAAUUCUUUCCGGACAUAAUUUCUCUUAUGAAGUUUGAUGACUUCGAGAUCAGGAAGAUGUGUUUCCACUACUUGGUUACAUUCUCUGCUUCUAGCCCGAAAGAAGCUCAUGAAGCGUUGCCGUUUUUGGUCCGGUUUGAAGACGAUCCGGAUCCUUUAAUGAAGGCACUUGCGCUUAAGACUUUAUCAUCAAUUCCAAAUAAAGACUAUGUAAAUGCUACAUUCAAUAAGGUCAUUAUUGCCUUGCAUUUUCCGGAUCCUCAUGUAAAAAAAGCGGCCGCUUUUGCGGUGUCAAGAUUAUUCCAACAUGACCGAGAAAGAGCCAUGCAACUGUACUUGAUUGAAGAGUUGAAUGACCUUUUAUAUGACUCGAAUGAAGCAGUCGUGGCGAAUGCAUUAGCUGCUUUAAGUUAUAUAACUGAGAAUGGGAAAACAUUAGCUUUGACUAUUAAUAAGAAACACUCGUUGACUUUAGUAUCUUAUUUGGGUAAGACAAACGAAUGGUGUCAGAUAUAUAUUUUAAAUUCCUUGAUGUCUUAUGUUCCACAAACAACAGAGGAAGCAUUGGACUUGAUUGAAUCUACCAUUCCGUCUUUGCAGCACGAGAAUUCUGCGGUAAUUUUAAAUGCUAUUAAGUUAAUUGUAUACUUCAGCCAUUAUGUUAAAAAUCCAGAAUUAGUUAUUCCCACUUUAUCAAAGAAAUUGGGAUCUUCUCUUGUGUCCCUUUUAUCUAAGCCGCCAGAAACACAGUUCCUUGCUUUGAGAAAUGUUAUACUUCUUCUUCUAGGAAGGAAGGAAUUAUUAAGUUUCGAUAUUGAAAUGUUUUUCUGUCGUUAUGAUGAUCCUAUCUACAUCAAAGAUACAAAGCUAGAAAUCAUAUACCUAGCGGCUAAUGAUCAAAAUGUCCGUGUUGUUUUGAGGGAAUUAGAGGAGUACGCAACUGAGGUUGACGUUGCGAUGUCUAGAAAAGCAAUCAGGGCUUUUGGGAACCUAGCAGUCAAGUUAACUGCAGCAUCGGAUGAAUGUGUUGAUGUUAUAUGUGAUUUAAUUUCUAACGGAAUUUCUUAUAUUGUACAGGAAUCAUCGAUUGUGAUUAAGAAUAUAUUGCGGAAGUACCCAGGUAGGUACAAUUUUGCAAUUAAAGAAUUAAUGAAACAUUAUAAGGUUAUUGAUGAACCAGAAGCCAAAACUGCAAUGAUUUGGAUUUUAGGCCAAUAUUGUGAACAUAUUGAUAGAGUGGAGCUUAUAAUGGGAGAUUUCAUUUCUACAUUUAAGGAUGAUCCAAUAGAAGUACAAUAUGCCAUACUUACUGCAGCAACAAAGUUAUAUUUAAAGUUACCAGAAAAGGGAGAAAGUUUGAUACUAAAAGUAUUGAAGUGGGCAACCGAAGAAGUGGAUAAUCCAGAUAUUAGAGAUAGGGGAUUUAUAUAUUGGAGAUUACUUUCUGCGGAAGAUGCUAAUGGCGCAGAUGGGGAAUUUCAAGCAAAUACUAAAAAGGUGAUUUUGAAUUCGAAUCCAGUUAUUUCAACAGAUAGUGAUAAUAUUGAUCCAAGUAUCUUAGAAGAACUUGAAUUGAAUAUUGGAACAUUGGCAUCAAUUUACUUGAAACCUAUACUGCAUGUGUUCCGUUAUGCAAAACCAAAAUCCUUGCCAUAUAGUCCUGCUCUACAAAGUAGACAUCAGGCUUCCUCACCAGUGUCAGCGAAUGCAUCUAACGAAAAUGUGCACGUUGCGAAUUCCGCGGCUCCCUCAACAGAUUAUAUUUCUCCAAGAAGGAUGAGCUCUCCAAGCGUUAACCAUUCAAGCAGACCAAGUCGACAUUUACCGCUUCGUAGACAAGAAUCUGAUUUAUCCAGCAAUGAAGACAGCACACCAAGAAAAAGCAGCUUCGCUAAGAGGCUCACUAGGCAGGCUUCUAUUUUGACUGGAAGAAAAAAUAAAUGA